AUGGCUUGGAGUCAGUUAGAACUAGAACCACCACACAUAGCGUAUGCUUGUGUCGGUAUAUUCAGUACCCUAUUUUCACUAGUCUCCCUUUUCGUUAAAGAACGGCUAUACAUCGGUGAGGCCACCGUCGCUUCCAUCGCCGGCCUUAUCCUAGGCCCCCAUUGUCUCAACUGGUUCGACCCCGUUAGCUGGGGCAACUCCGACUACAUCACUCUAGAAAUAUGCCGAAUAGUCUUGUGUAUCCAGAUCGUCGCCGUCGCCGUUGAGUUGCCAAAAAAGUAUAUGAUGAAACAUUGGCUCUCAGUCACUAUUUUCCUAUUGCCAGUAAUGACAUGUGGGUGGUUGAUUGUUGGGCUCUUUAUCUGGUGUCUUAUCCCCCAUUUCUCAUUCAACGACGGGUUGCUUGUCAGUGCUUGUGUCACAGCCACCGAUCCCGUGUUGGCCGCUGCUGUUGUCGGUAAAGGCAAGUUCGCCGAAAGAGUCCCUGGCCAUUUACGUAACUUGUUGUCUGCAGAAUCAGGGUGUAACGACGGAAUGGCAUUCCCGUUUAUUUUCCUUUCCCUAAACUUGAUCAUACAUUCUGGACACGCUGGAGAAAUCGUUAAAGACUGGUUCUUGUUAACUAUACUAUGGGAAUGUAUCUUUGGGUGUUUGUUAGGUACGGUAAUUGGCUAUGUGUUGCGUAAACUUGUCGCUUUCGCUGAAAAACAAAACCUUAUUGACCGUGAAUCGUUCUUGGCCAUUUUUGUCUUUAUCGCAUUUAUUUCCGCCGGUGUGGGCUCGAUGUUGGGUGUUGACGACUUGUUAGUUUCGUUUGCAGCAGGAACCGCCUUUGGAUGGAAUGGCGCAUUCGCCAAAAAAACCGAGGAGUCCCACGUAUCGACCGUCAUUGACUUGCUAUUGAACUUGUCGUUUUUUGUCUACUUCGGCGCCAUCAUCCCAUGGCCACAAUUCAACAACGCCGAGUUGGGACUCAACGUAUGGAGAUUGGUCGUCUUGGCAUUUGUCAUAAUAUUCUUACGAAGAAUUCCCGCAGUCGUUGCCCUUAAACCAAUCACCCCCGACGUCAAGACUUGGAGAGAAGCAUUAUUUUGUGGCCAUUUCGGGCCCAUUGGCGUGGGCGCUAUUUUCGCCAGUAUCCUCGCCCGAAAAGACCUCGAGGCCCACUACACCACCGAAGAAACUCCACUCCACCAUUUGCCAAGCAAAGAUUUCCCCCACUACCAGUUGCUUGCCACGAUCUGGCCCAUAGUCUGCUUUAUUGUCAUAACAUCGAUCAUCGUCCACGGAUCGUCUGUCGCCGUCCUCACACUAGGAAAAAGACUCAACAGAAUGGCGAUUACCAUGUCGUUUACCACGGACCAGGAAGGCGGUGGUGGUGGGUGGAUGCAGAGAUUACAAAAACUCGACCGUACCACCUCAUCCUUUUCGCUACACCGUGUCGAUACAAUGGCACCACAGGAAUUACAACCAGAAACUUCCGGCAUCAAAGUGUGUCCUGCGGGCGGAGCAAAGAGAAAGAAGAAACAUGGACGUAUAAAGAGUUUAUCGAGAGUUGCCACCAAAGACGACGAAAAGAGAGCACCACCAGAAGCCCAGUUCUUACAGCUAGGCAGUCGUACCUCAGAGCACGAAACCAGCACCAAGGAAUCUUCUUCAGACAACAACCUAGCCGUACCCAAUAAAACAUCUGGAUUAUCUGAAUAUGGAGAAAAACAACCCACAAAAGCCGAAAAGGCGCCAGUACCCACAGUCGCUUACCAAGACGGAGACCAGGUUAUCAUUGAAGACCAGUAUGGUGAAGUUAUGGAGACCUUGAAAUUGACACGCAAACCUAAACCAGAAAGCAGCAGCAUUCAUUCUAUGGAAUCAUUGGAAAGGCACCUCACUCAAUACUCAACUGGUUCAUCUGCAGGCGAGUCCGACGACGAAAACGGAUUAUCGCCAAUCCACCAGAAACUUUCCCGAACUUUAUCGCGCCGCUCAUACUACAAAAAGGAUGAUCCAAAUAAACGUAAAGUAUACGCCCACCGUGUGGACGAUUUGAUUGUGAUUGAAAAUGAAGAUGGUGAUAUUAUCAGAAGGUACAAAGUCAACAAGCACGCUCCAGCAACCAGACCCAGGUCUAGCUCAAUUAUGGGAAUGAUGAAGUCAAUGGUAGGAAUCAGACCUGUUGAGUCGGCACCGCCAGAAAUCAGUGUCACCGACCUUGAGCACGGCACACAACACAAGAUCUUACUACCUGAUGAAGAAAACACCCCUGCAGCCGCACAAAAGUUGGAGGAUAAAAUUGCUAAUAUGCUACAGGAAGACCACCACCACCACCCUGACCACAUUUCCGAAGAGAGCGACGACGACGACGACGAGGAGGAAACUGAAGUAGAAAAGAAACGAAGACUACAAGCGUUGGGGUACUUGCCCAGUACUCGCCGCGAUAGAGAAGAUGAAGAGGAGUAG